ACUAAUUUUGAUAAGAAAUAAAACAAGUAGCACUGUAAAAUUUUUAUGCAUGGUGAUUGAGAAUUUAUAAAAAAGAUUUGCAAUUCCCAUUGAAACAAGGUGAAAAUUCAUUUGGCAACCAAUCCUUUUCAGAACUGAUCUAAAGACAACUCUAAUAAUCAGUCCAGAACAUUGGAACUACAAAUCAGACGAUGAAAACAAAACCGAAUAACUUGAAUUCUUGCUUCCAGAACUUUUUUUUUUUUGUGGACCAUUAGUCCAGUGCUAUACUUUUUGGUUACUUGUAGUGUUCGAUUUCGAGAAAAUACUUAAUUUUCUAACAAUUCUCUAUCAAUCCGCAGGAAAAUCCAAAUUAUUAUAAAGAUCCAGUAAGUGAGCUGUAAAGAAUGAAUUAAUUAUAACUUUUGGUACUUAUUUACCCAGUCUGUAGCUUAGAUAUGCCAAACUUCAUCGUAUAUUUCGUUUUUGAACACUUAACAUUAAAUAAGGUUAUUCUGAUUUCCACAUACAUGUAACCUAAUUUAAUAUUAAUUCAAAUAGAUUUCCAUAAAUUAAAGUCCGAGUCAGUUUAACCCAUUACAGCCCCGUGGCAACUUAAGUUGCCACGGCGCAUUCGACUACAUUCUAUGCGCACGCGCAUAGAUAUUGAAGUUCCAUUGGUAAAUUCCGGUCAUGUGAUAUGUCCUGUCUCGAAUAGCACAAACGUCAGUCAGAUAUUGUCAAACAGUGAGUUAGUGUAUAACGAUUUAUUCAGAGCUCUUGAACUUUUUCAUUCACCAUAAUGGCCGUCGAUGAGAGAUUGUAUACUCGUGGAAGAUCAGGCACUGGAUUACUUCUUCAUGAAUUAAUUGACCUUAUCGAGAACGAUGAGGACAUAUCAGCCACCAAUAUAGCCAUAUGUCCACCUGAUGAACUUCCUGGUGCAGAUACAGAUAAGGACUCUGAUUUAUCGGAUGAAGAGGUAGUUGGAGAUUUUGACCACCUUCCUGCCCGUAUAUUACGCUCUCAGGUGGAAAUGCAGAAUCCAGAAAUCGAUGAUGAUCACGGCAAUCCAGUCGUCCAAGAUGAGAACCAUUCAGAAGAACCUAGACCGACGACUUCUUCGCAGACAAGAGUAAGAAGCACCAAACGUAAGCGUCCCACAGAACGUACUUGGAAGCCGAAAAUGAAUGGGUUAUCUUCAAGUAUUCCUGAACUUGAAUGCGAAUACCGACCGGUAGCAGAAGAUCUUCUGAAAGAAACGGUAAAAAGCCCUAUUGAGGCUUUUAGGGCUUACUUCUCGGAAGAUUUAUUGAGUCAUAUCGUAACCGAAACUAAUCGUUAUGCUAUGCAGAAACUCGUUCACAACCUGAAUGCCACUGCUGAAGAAAUGAUUACAUUUGUCGGAAUUAUGUUGAUGUCAGGUUACCACCCUCUUCCAUAUAGAAGACUCUACUGGAAACAAGAUCCAGAUGUUCAUUCGCACUUAGUUUCCGAUGCCAUCCGUCGAAACCGAUUCGAUGAACUGAUAAGUUUUAUUCACCUUGCCAACAAUGAAAACAAUGAUGGAAGUGAUAAAAUGUACAAGGUCCGACCUAUUUUUGAUCACCUCAACAACUCUUUCAAACAAAUCAGUCCUGGGCCCACUAUUAGUAUCGACGAGAGUAUGAUUCCUUAUUACGGAAGGCAUGGGUGCAAACAGUUUAUUCGCGGAAAACCUAUCAGAUUUGGGUUCAAGUUAUGGGUUGCCGCGGAUCCAUCUGGAUACAUCCAUCAUGUUGAACCCUAUUGUGGAAGUUCAACUCGUCUUCCAGAAACUGGACUCGGUCAAGGAGGUGACGUAGUAAUUGGACUUGUAGACCACAUGAAAUUGUCAAAGGGUAUUCGACUCUACUUUGACAAUCUUUUUACAUCGGUUGGGUUGUUGGAAGAGCUUAGUUCUAGAGGACUUGGUGGAACUGGUACUCUGCGUGAGAAUCGCUGUAGUGUUUCAAUGAAACUUCCAGAUAAAAAAACGUGGAAAAAUAAACCCAGAGGUGAAACAUCCACCAGUUCUUCAGGAGAUAUUUUAGCAGUCCGUUGGAAUGACAACAAUGUUGUUACUGUACUUACUAAUUGUGAUAAUGUACAUCCUAUGUCAAAGUCAAACCGAUACUCCAGAAUUGAAAAGAAGGUCAUUUCUGUCAAAGUACCAGGUCCUAUUGCUCGUUACAAUAGUAACAUGGGUGGAGUAGAUCUUUCUGAUCAAUUUUUGGCUUCCUACCGAAACAGAAUCAGGUCGAAAAAAUGGUGGUGGCCUUAUUUCUCUUGGACUGUGGAUGUAUGCAGCACACAAGGUUGGUUACUGUAUCGUCGCCUUGGGCAUGAUAUUCCUCUAUUGGAUUUCAGACGUCAGUGUGCUAUUUUCAUUCUGAAGUCUUACGGCAGUCCUCCAAUGGUAGCAGGAGUUCGAUCAUCUCUAGAGUUCACACCAGCUCUCGAAGAAAUAAGAAAAGAUCGAACAGAUCAUUUCAUCGAAAAAGGUGAAUCCAAGUAUCGCCGUUGUAAAGUAUGUGGCAGGCGUACAAUUUUUGUAUGCAAGAAGUGUGAAGUUCCUGUUCAUCCUGAUGAGUGUUUCAAAAUUUUUCAUGAUGUAAAAUAAUAAUAUUUUAUGUAAUUUCAUAGGAAAUAUUAUACGGUUGAAUCACAAUAGAUGUAUACGAUUGAUAUGCUAGUUUUAUUGUACUUUGGAAAAUUUCUUCAUGAAUUAUCCCAGUGGCAACUUAAGUUGCCGCUUCAUAGUAACUCUCCUGCAUGUUCGAUCAUUAUUUUUAUAACACAAUAUCACUUUUUGAGUCUAAAUAACUCAUCAGACAAAGUUUCAGUUGAAAAUCUUCACGGGGGAAUUAUGGGCUUUAAUGGGUUAAU